AUGGUGCCUGUUGGGGAGGAGGCUUUGGCAGAGGCGAAGAGGGUGGUGGGGUCAUCGAGGUUGGCUUGGACGAGCUUGAUGGUGGAGGGAGAUUUGGCUUGGAGGCGGAGGGCAGAGGGGGAGGAAGGGUUCCGGGUUACUGCUAGGACGGUGAAGGGGGCUGAGGAGGAUAGGGGAUGGGAGAGGAGGGCGUCGAUGACGGCGGAGCCUUGUUGGCCCGUUGCGCCGGUGAUGAGGAGGAUGCGAGGAGGCAUGUUGACGGUCUGGAGCAUAACCGGCAAAUUCGGCCGCCUCAUCGCCUCCAAGCUUCUUGCCAACCCCUCCACCCGAGUUCGCGGUUAUGGCCGCAACCCCUCCAAGCUCCCCUCCUCCCUCACCACCUCCGCUCGCGUCCAGCUCUUCCAAGGCGAGGCGUUUGACACCGCAGCUCUCAAAGGCUUCGUCACAGGCUGCGAUGUCGUCAUCUGCGCCUACUUGGGUGACGAUAACCUCAUGAUGAAGGGCAAAAAACCCUCAUCGACGCCUGAGUCUGGUACUGUCACCCGCUAUGUGGCGAGUGAUUGGUCGUUGGAUUACACCAAGCUCAAGCUGGGGGAGUUGUUUCCCAAGGACCCGAUGAUCAAGAUCAAGGCGUACCUGGACGAGAAGGCUGCCGGGGGGGGCAGAGUCAAAGGGGUGCACGUGCUUAUCGGGGGGUUUAUGGACGCCAUCUUGAGCCAGUUUUAUGGGAUUUGGCACCCGGAAACAAAAAGUAUCAGGUUUUGGGGGGAAGGGACGGAGGUGUGGGAGGGGACGAGUUAUGAGAAUGCUGCUGAGUUUACGGCUGCUGUGGUGGCGGAUCGGGAGGCGGUGGGGGUGAAGAGAUUCCUCGGUGAUCGCAAGACGCUUAACAAGAUCGUUGAGCUGUUUGAGAAGGUGUACGGGUUCAAGCCUGCGCUGGAGAGGCAGGGCUCGCUGGAGGAGCUCAAGGUUUUGAUGCACAAGACCAGGGCGGAGAACCCGGCUGAUUUCUUUACCUACAUGAAAAUGUUCUACCAGUACUACUGGCUCAACGGGCAGACAUUGGUCGGCCCCGAGACCGACAAUGACAAGUACCGCGAGAUCAAGGCUGAGAGUUGGGAGGAUUUCUUGAGGAAGAGAAGCCCGGAGGAGCUCGCGCAGGCCAUGUAUGCUUUGGCGUAGUGAGAUUCUGUGGCGAUGACCUCGACAUCAGUUAGGUACUUGAAAUGUAACUAGUCAAGUUAAUUGCUUGUCGCGAU